AUGGUGCAUUGGGCACUACUAAGCGGUUAUUUACUAAGUACAUGCAUAGCAUGGGGGUACACAGUGGAUCUGGUGUCUGCCGCAGGAAUAGUGGGCAGAAUCAGCCAGCUGCCAGUUGACCAGGCAAUAGCAUCCGUUGAUGGGUUGCGUAUCCCAGGCGAUUUAAUUCCAUCAGAAUCCAAACAUCACGAGAAAGAGGAAUCAGGAGGAGAGGAAAGUCAUGAGGCCGAAUCGAGUGAAGAGAAGUCAAGCAAAUAUGAAGAGGAGCAUGGAAAGAAAAGCAAAAAGCAUCACAAAGAAGAGGAGGAAUAUGCCAAGGGCGAGAAAGGUCACCAUGACCAUGAGGGUAAAAAGGGCGAACACGAAGAGGAACAUGGCCAUGAGAAGAAACACAAGAAGGGAUCGGGACAUCACAAGAAACACAAGAAAGGUGAAAAAGGCGAGAAGGGCCAUGAAUUCGAAGACCAUGGCUCCUACAAAAAGGGCCAUUCCAUCAAGGGAAAACAUCACAUACACAAAUUAGACGAAGACAAAAAGGAAAAGAAAUACUAUGACGAAAAGCACGAUGAGGGUGAUGAAGAGAAACAUGGCGAAUUUGAAAAGGACGAACACUUCAAGAAGGGCAAAUCUCACAAGAAGGGAGGUAAAAAGAAAUCGGAUGAUGAGGAGAAAUACGGUAAAAAGGGUCACAGCCACAAGGGCCAUAAGAAGAAGGGCGAGAAGGGCCACAAGAAAAAGCAUGAGGAAAAGAAGAAGUGGGGUCAUGAACAUGAAAGCGACAAGAAGAAAGGUGAAAGCGAAAAGAAGAAAUGGAAGAAGUCUGAAAAGAAAAGCAGCAGCAGUGGUGGCCAUGAUGGUCAUGAUCACGAGUGUUUGUGCGGCAUCUUGUUGCCUAUCAUUAUCAUUGUGAAAAAGUGUAUAUAUCCCCCAGCUAAUGGUGGCAACAAAUUCCAAAUUUAUGUGGCCAGCUCACACACACCAGACUUAAAGAAAUUUGUCGAAUCACAGACUAUGGAUUUAACAGUAAAAACAACAAAUGGCCAAAAUACGUAUAAAACGCAAUCCCAAACUCCAUACAUCUGUCUUUCGCCAAUGAAUGUUCAACAUUGCUAUGGCGGAAUUUUUCUGAAUGCGAAUUUUAUGUGA